GCUGUCACGCUUGGAGGAAUAUAUCUGAUCUCCUGGCUCUGAAGGUUUUCCGAAAUUAAUGUCUAUUUGGAUCAGAAAAUGAUGGCCGAUGAUUUAGACAAAUUUAUCGAAGAUCAGAAGGCCAAGUUGGCACAAGAUAAGGCAGAACUUGAAAAUGAUCCACCUUACAUGGAAAUUAGGAAUAAGGAAUCAGCGAAGCUUUUUGAGACUAGCAAAAUGUUAAUCUCCAUGGCUAAAGAAAAUAUACCUCCAAAUAGUCAACAGAACUAUCUUUCAGGUGACUAUGGCUUGAGUUUACCUCUUGGAGAAGAAUAUGAACGAAAAAAGCAUAAACUCAAAGAGGAACUUCGACAAGACUAUAGGCGGUAUCUUUCUCAGGGUAUUUCACAGGCAAAAAGAAAGAAAAAUUAUCUGACUACUGGUGAAGUAGAUCCAUAUACUCAGGGAUUAUCUCUUCCUAUUGAUGAGCGAAGAUCUGCCAAGGAGAAACUACGGCUUGAAAGAAACAAGGAGUACAAUCAAUAUCUCAGGGAUAAAGAAGAAUGGAAUGAAAGGCUAAGGAAAUUAGGGAAGAAAACCACAGAGAAUGAGAUGGACAGGAAUAAAAAACCUAUUGCUGUUACCAGGCUCCAGCCAGAACUACAUACAGAAGUACAGCCCUGUAAUAGAGGUGCAGAACCUCCCAAGAAGGAUGCCUUUACUUCUACAGAAGGUUAUGAAGAGCUGCUAAAUAAGAGAUGGCUGGAGGAAGACAGUUGUCACAGGUUAGAUGAUGAGGUUGAAUUAAGAAGUCGACUGUUAAAUAAAAGACUUGAUGAAGAAUUGGAUGUUCCCAAUCGAAGACAUCGUGGAUUUGCUAGCCAAUCUGUAAUUCCUAUUAGGAAGCAUCACAGACUUGAUGAGGAUCGUGAUUUUGGUAGAAGAUACUACAGAAUGGACUAUGAUCCUGAGAUAAGUGAAGAAAUGGACCCUAGAUUUAGAUGUGAAAGCGCUUAUGACAGAAAAACUCCCCGGGUUUUUUAUGCUGAAAGGCCCUAUCUGGAUGGAAUAGUAAGAGAUCAACCUGCAGAUUAUGAAGACGAAUUAAAGGAGAGAGCACGUGUGCAGCAGAUCUCAAGAACUGGAAAUUCUAGAAAUCAGGUACAAAUUAGUUCUUCAGCUAAUGAACCGGUCAAGUCUGCAGCUGAAAUGCCGUAUGCAACAGGCCUUGUUCUUGGUGGUCAGGACCGAGAACUUCUCCAAAGGAAAAAAGAGAAAUACAGGCAAGAACUAAUAGAGCAGAUGGCUGAGCAACAGCGAAAUAAGAGACGUGAGAAGGAACUUGAGCUCUCAGUUGCUGCUUCUGGAGCUCGAGACCCAGAAAAGAAGCCAAAUAGAUUGAAGCAGUUUGGCUUGACAGCAAGAGCUUCUGAAGAGAAAGUACCUCCUGAAAGGCCUAGGGUGGCUUUCCAGACUCCGGUGCCCAUCCCUUCAGCCUCUCCAGUGAAUGAAGACUUUCACAGGGGCCUAGCCAGCACUCUUGGUGAAAUAGCAGCUCCCAGGCUUGCACCGAUGCCGCCACCUCCACCACCAGUUUUGACAGACAACUAUAGAACGCCUUAUGAUGACGCAUAUUACUUUUAUGGGGUUAGGAAUCCUUUGGAUCCCAAUCUUGCGUAUUAUGGUACAGGUAUGAUGGGAAUGCAACCCACACCUAAUCUGGAUCUUCCUUUAGGCCAAGCCCCGGUAGAGCAAUCUGUAAGUAACAUUGGACAGAGGAAUACAGGAGACAGACAAAGAAGCAUAGGAUUAUUUUCUGAAGAAAAACCAAAGCCUUCCAAAGAGGCAACAUUAUCUUAUCAACAAGAAUUACAACAGCAGAUAAGAGAGAGAGAGGAACGACGCAGACAAGAGAGAGAGGAGAAGGAACGCUACGAAGCCAAGUUAGAAGCAGAAAUGAGGAAUUACAACCCCUGGGGAAAAGGUGGUGGCGGUGCUCCUCUCAGAGAUGCAAAAGGAAAUCUGAUAACGGACUUGAAUAUGAUGCACAAGCAAAAUGAAGAUGCAUAUCAUAAUCCAGAGGCAAGACUAUAUGAAGAUAAAAGGGCUAUUGUAUCUGUUGAUCUAAGUUUGGCCUCCCCAAGACCUGAGAACACAGAAGCAUCUACAAAUAAAAUAGCAGGUUUUACAUUUGCACAGACCUCUCCUUUUGCUCGAGGUAAUGUGUUCGGUGAACCACCAUCUCCACAGCAUCUUAAGCGACAGGAGUCGUACAAGAACUUUCUUCGUCUACAGAUUGAAGAAAAGAGAUGUAGGGAAGAAGCAGAGAGAGAAAAACUUCGAAUGGAAGAAGAAAAAGAAGAAAAACGACUAGCUGAACAGAGGAUGAGAAUUCAAAAAGCAUAUGAAAAUGAACAAGAAGAGAAAAGAAAGAAAGAGGAGGAGCGAAGAUUGAAAAAUAAAGAAAUAAUUCGAUUAGAUGAAGAGAGGCAAAAAGAGGCAGAAAAAAGAAGAAAAGAAAAAGAAGAAAAGCAAGAUGAACAACUUAGACAAUAUUUUGAGAAAGAAAAGAUGGAAGAGGAAAAGAAGAUGUUUUCAAGGCAGCCUUCUCCCAUCAUUUCUGCUCUUCAGAACAGAUCAAUAAGAAGAGAAGAAAGGAUUCCCUCUGCUGAGAGUCAUAUAUCUUACUAUGCACAAGAUCCUCCACAACCAAGGGUUCCUUCUCCACCCGUCCCUGCUAGAAGAAAUCAGUUGCGUGCAUUUGAGGAAAGAAAGAAUGUGAUAAAUGAAUUAUCAGAGAUGAGGAAACAGCUUCGUAGCGAAGAGAGGCGACUGCAGGAACAGUUGCUAAAUGUGGCCAGUGAUGAUGAUGUACCAAUUACACGUGGGAGGAGAGAGAAGAAUCCAAAGGACAUAUUUGAGAUGGCCAGGCUUCGUCUGCAGGCUCCAGUAAGACGACCUUCAUCAAAGGAGGCACAAGAUCCCGUCAAUAUACAGAAUAUCUGGGAAUUUAAUGAACUUAAAAACAAAGAUUCUGAAACGCGUAUGGGCUUGAGGCACAUGUAUCCUGAUCCUCCAAAAGAUGACCACACUCUAGAGAUUCAACAGCAGGCACUGUUGAGGGAGCAGCAGAAGAAACUUGACAGAAUGAGAAUGAGGAGAGAAACAGAAGAUGAUUCUGCUUCUGGCGGUAACCCACAAACCAUGGGACUGUUCAGGAAUGAAUCUAAUGAAUUCUUGAAAAAUUCACUGUUGGAAUCGGAUAGCGCUUUUAUUGGUGCUAAUGGGGAAACGUUUCCUGCCUUAGGAGAAGUUAAUUUAUCACCACAGCUUCCGCCUUCUGCAAGGGAGAGGAGACGAAUAAAGCAAAAAGCUUUGGAGUGUGCUGAGGGUGUUCCACCGGGCCAGACACCGUUGCCGCAGCCUGACAGCUUUUCUUUGCACUCGAGCUUCAGCCUCGAUGUUGAUCAGUUGAAAGGCAAGAAUGAAGAGCGAUUGCACAGACUGACUGAGCUCCAGCAGAAAUCUGCUUACUUAGGCGAUACCAUUUCCUUAGGAGAAGCGGAUGACCUUUUGAAGCACGCUCCAUCUAACGCUGGCAGACGGCCCAGUUCUGUUGACACGGUUGCAACAGAGCCCUGGCUGCGACCAGGAACUUCGGAGACGCUCCAAAGGCUCAUGGCUGAACAGUCAAGCCCAGCAAAGCUUUCACCCGAAAACACGCUACCGCUUAGUUGGCAAGGCCUCUCGACCGCGCAUGGCUGACUCGAGCCCCCGCGUGAACCAGCUGUGCCUUGCAGCAGAGGAGGGACCCGUCAGCACUACUGCACUUUCCAGGGUCUCUUGUAGGGAUAGUUCUCUUCCCUGUGCAGAGCGUGGGGCUGUAUGUACAAUUUAGAACAGCAAUAAUAAAGUAACAGAAGCUGCAGUGUAACGGAGAUGUAGAGCAGGGAUGUUUUAUAUUACAUGAUGGGGGAAGCGGAGGAAUAGCUUGGUGGUUUUUGCACUUUUUAUGUAAGUUUCAGCCUCAGCACUGGACUUGCCACAAAAAUGGGGGGGGGAGGGGUGCGUGUGUGUGAAUUUGAUACUAAAUCAAAGUUAAUUUUUAGCUUUGUUUAUAGCCAAACUCCAAAACUGUCUGGAAAUAGAGUAACUCAACAGCAGAGGUGCAGUUUAAGCUUUUACCAAAAGAGUGAGUACCUUGGAGAAGGUCACUUGCUUUUCAUAUGGCGAUGAGUGCUAUCCUGCAUGAAAGCUCAGCAAACUGUUUCAUGGAAAAAUGACUAUUAGCAAUGUAUCUUAUGUUCCCUAACCUGUUAUGUGCUGGAAAUACAGAUAUUGUUGCAUAUAUUUAAUUUAUGGUUCUGAUUUAAGAGUUAAUAAAUUAUUUUGUUA